CAGGUACACUCAGGAAGAAACUUAUCAGGGGACAUCGUACUUGAAGCACUGCUAAAAAUUGUGCACAGCUAUGAUGGCAUCUGCUUGGGAUAUACAAGCCUACAAAGACCAGGACGAACUUUUGGAAGUAAAAAUAAAGGAGGAGGAAGAAGAGAAGAAGUUUACUGCCAGACAGGAUCAGAACCUGCAAAAAAACAACACCCAUAGCAGAGAGGUCUUCCGACAGUACUUUAGGCAAUUCUGCUACCAGGAGACAUCUGGACCCCGUGAGGCUUUAAGCCGACUUCGAGAACUUUGCCAUCAGUGGCUGAGGCCAGAGACACACACCAAAGAACAAAUUCUGGAGCUACUGGUGCUGGAGCAAUUCCUGACUAUCCUGCCGGAGGAGCUCCAGGCCUGGGUGCAGGAGCAGCAUCCAGAGAGUGGGGAGGAAGUGGUGACUGUGCUGGAGGAUUUAGAGAGAGAGCUGGAUGAGACAGGAGAUCAGGUCUCAGUCCACCCUGGGGAACAAGAAAUAUUCUUACAGGAGACAGUACCUCUAGGAUCAGAACGAAAACCCAGUAUGUCUCUCCAGUCGAUAGAAGCCCAGCUAAGGUGUGAAUCUCAGGAACUUCCAGUCCAACAGGAACAAGUUUCAGAUGUUGAGCCUGGAAAUGAGUACAGAAAUUUUAAUCUAAAGCAGGAAGUUUCUGAAGAAUUGGAACCAUAUGGGAAUACAUCUAACAGAUUUGAAAAUGACAUACCCCAGUCUGCUAAGUGUAGAGAAACUCAUGAACCUGAGGAAAGAAUAGAAGAAUCUUCUGGAUACUCCAGGGAAGAUAAAGCACCUACAUGUGCUGUAAAUGGAGCAUGUCUGACUGAGAACACAGACCAUGCUGAACAGCAGAGAAUCUGUCCAGGAGAAAAGUCUUCUGAAUGUGAUGACUGUGGAAGAGUGUUUAGUCAACACUCACGCCUCAUAGAACAUCAGAGGAUCCAUACAGGAGAUAGGCCUUACAAAUGUGAAGAAUGUGGAAAAGCUUUCCGUGGAAGAACUGUGCUUAUUCGACACAAAAUAAUACACACUGGGGAGAAACCAUAUAAAUGUAAUGAAUGUGGCAAAGCUUUUGGCCGCUGGUCAGCUCUUAAUCAACAUCAGAGACUUCAUACCGGAGAAAAACACUACCACUGUAAUGAAUGUGGCAAAGCCUUUAGUCAGAAAGCAGGCCUCUUUCACCAUCUCAAGAUCCACACGAGAGACAAACCUUACCAGUGUACACAGUGUAAUAAAAGUUUUAGUCGACGUUCUAUACUUACUCAACAUCAGGGAGUUCAUACUGGCGCCAAACCCUAUGAGUGCAGUGAGUGUGGAAAAGCCUUUGUUUAUAACUCAUCACUUGUUUCCCAUCAGGAAAUCCACCACAAAGAAAAGUGCUAUCAGUGUAAGGAAUGUGGGAAAUCCUUCAGUCAGAGUGGCCUUAUUCAGCAUCAGAGAAUUCAUACUGGAGAAAAACCCUACAGAUGUGAUGUGUGUGAAAAAGCCUUUAUUCAAAGGACAAGUCUAACAGAACAUCAGCGAAUUCACACUGGAGAGAGGCCCUAUAAAUGUGAUAAGUGUGGGAAGGCUUUUACUCAAAGAUCAGUUCUCACAGAGCAUCAGAGAAUCCACACUGGAGAGAGGCCCUACAAGUGUGAUGAGUGUGGAAAUGCUUUCCGAGGAAUCACCAGCCUCAUUCAGCAUCAGAGAAUCCACACUGGGGAGAAACCUUACCAAUGUGAUGAGUGUGGAAAAGCCUUCAGACAGAGGUCAGAUCUUAGUAAACACCAGAGAAUCCAUAAGAGAAGUGGUCCCUAUAUAUGUAAAGAAUGUGGGGAAUCAUUCAGGCAGAAUUCAGCUCUUAUUCAACAUCAGUUUAUCCACAAAGGAGAAAAAUCUGUUUCUGUAUGAUGACUACAGGGAAGCUAUAUCACAGACUGCAGGCUGGUGAGAAAUAUUAGCUUUAUAGUGAACUUCAGUCACUAUUGCUGUAAGGAAACCUCACAUAUUUAGUAAGAUCCCACUGUGUGCUGCUCAUUGUAUUUGGUGUUGUAGAGAACAAGUAGAUAACACCAA